AUGGUCCUGCGAAUCCGCCUGGCCCGCUUCGGCACGAAAAGAAAACCGAUCUACAACAUCGUCCUCGCGCAGGCGAAAUCCGGACGCGACAACAAGCCUAUGGAGGUGCUGGGGACGUACAAUCCCUUCCCGCAGGCGCCAUUGGCGACUCCGGAUACGCCAGAGCUCCUGGACAGUGGGGAGAAAUACGUGCCCAAGAAAAUGAAGGAUAUACAACUAGAUACGACGCGGACGAGGUAUUGGCUUGGUGUUGGAGCGCAGCCGACAGAACCAGUUGGCAGGUUGCUGAGAUUGAUUGGCAUGCUCGAAGAGAAACCUUCCAAGGUCAAGAGAUUCCCGACGCAGCCAUACAAGCCAGCAGCACAACCACCGCAAGACACCGAGUCCGCAAAGCAACAAAGUUGA